AUGGCCUCCUCUUCUUCUGCCAAAGUCGCACCGCUGCAGUCCCUCAAGCCCGACCUUCACGAGCGCGCCUGGGCCUCCGUACCGCACCCCAACCUCCCUCUCAUCGCAACCGCUCACGGAAAGAAUGUCACCGUCUUCUCUCUCUCCACGCUCUCCUUCCACAGCGCCCUCGCCGAUGGCCACGCGC